AUGGUCGAGAAAAAUCCUUGGUGGAAGAACGUAUCGGGUCCAUUCCCAAAGUGGGAAGGACCCGUGGGCUGCAAAGACGAUGGGGGAGGCUGCCACUACGGCCGUGGCAAGGUUGGCAAGAUGAUCAUCCACAGGGCUGUGCACAACAAAGAUAAGCAAGCCAUCAUGGGAGCAAUCGAGGCUGGCAAUGAUGUGAACGAAGUGGAGGCAGCAGGGAACACCCCUCUGCACAGCGCAGCCUACGAGGGCUGGCUGGAGGGUGCCGAGCUGCUGAUUGGUCUGAGCGCCAAAGUGAAUGCCUCCAACAACGCUGGGGACCGGCCCUGGCACUGGGCGCAGAACAUGGGCCACGAAGACAUGAUGGCUCUGCUGGUAAAGAACGGCUCGGAGACAACCAUGGGGAAGGUGAUUGUGUCGGACCACAUCCCAAAGGUCAAGGACUUCUUUGGCAAGGAGUGCUGGGCACACCACCCGAAGCCAUAUGCAGAGUUCAUGGAGUGGCGCAAAAAAGAGGACGAGCGCUGGGAUAUGGAGAGGGGACGCCUCGUGCCGGGCAUGUGA